AAGUGCUGUAACACAAGUCUACUCAGUCUUCCAGAAUACAGGUGUGCGCUGGGUGAGGGAUUUUUGAUCUAAAGCCUGUGUAUAGCAACAAAGACCCAGAGGUAUCCAUUGGAUUAAGAAGAUGGAAAGAACAUUCCAUGCAUGGGGAAAAACCAACAGAAAGGCUCAGAGGUUAACAGUCCGUGACCUGCCGGGGACACACUUGGGAAAGGAUAAUCUGAGGCUGUAGUCAAGAGUGCUUGGGGCUUUUCGUUCCUGGUGGUCAGUUGUCGAGGUUAGUGGGCAGUAACUGAGCCAAGAUGCUGCAGUAUCUGCUGGCUCUUUGUUGGAUUACCCAGAGGACCAGGAGUACUGCUUCACACAGGCAGUUUGAGCAUAAGCUUCCAGGGAAACAAAAGCUUUUUCAGGAAGGUAAUGGCAUUCCAGUGCAUCUGAAAGGUGGGAUAGCUGAUGCCCUCCUGUAUAGAGCCACCAUGAUUCUUAGAGUUGAUGGAAUGGCAUAUGCCAUAUGUCAACUGACUAUGACUUCAUUUCCCAAGAGGCAGGAUUGGCUUCAGUUUAUCCUCCCAGCAGUCACUUGGCUCAACUCCAUUCAGCUCACUGUGAACCAGUAAUCUGAUAAAUAACUGAGUUUUGCGGGGAUCAAUAUUUAUUGACUUGUACUAACCGCCACCAGAUUGCCGGGAGAAAUACCAAUAAC